CCCGGUAACCCCGCCUCCCGCCCCCAUAGAGGUGGAGCCUCAGCUAGGAGUCAGUGCGCUGCUCUGUCUCGCCUGAUGACAAGAGGCUGUGUAACAUGGAGCCGGGCAAGAUGGCGCCUUCCAAGAAUGCUCCCAGAGAUGCAUUGGUGAUGGCACAGAUCCUGAAGGAUAUGGGAAUCACGGAGUAUGAACCAAGGGUUAUAAAUCAAAUGUUGGAAUUUGCUUUCCGAUAUGUGACUACAAUUCUUGAUGAUGCAAAAAUUUAUUCAAGCCAUGCUAAGAAACCUAAUGUUGAUGCAGAUGAUGUCAGACUGGCAAUCCAGUGUCGUGCUGACCAGUCUUUUACCUCUCCUCCCCCAAGAGAUUUUUUACUGGAUAUUGCAAGACAGAAAAAUCAAACACCUUUGCCACUGAUUAAGCCAUAUGCAGGACCUAGACUACCACCUGACAGGUACUGCUUAACAGCUCCAAACUAUAGGCUGAAGUCCUUAAUUAAAAAGGGACCUAAUCAAGGAAGACUAGUUCCACGAUUAAGUGUUGGUGCUGUUAGUAGCAGACCUACCACUCCUACUAUAGCAGCCCCUCAAACAGUGUCCGUCCCAAAUAAAGUUGCAACUCCAGUGUCAGUGACAAGCCAAAGAUUUACGGUGCAGAUUCCAUCUUCCCAGUCCACACCUGUCAAACCAGUUCCUGCAACAACUGCAGUUCAAAAUGUUUUGAUUAAUCCUUCAAUGAUUGGAUCCAAAAACAUUCUUAUUACCACCAACAUGGUUUCAACACAGAACACAACCAGUGAAUCAAACCCACUGAAGAGAAAACAUGAAGAUGAUGAUGACAAUGAUACUAUAGUUAAGCAAAAAUGUCCUAGUUUAGAAGCAUCAUAUCAGGGAGGGAGACAUAAUGAAAAGUCAUCAACCUUUGGAACCAGACAAACUUGGACUUGAACCCCUGCUGUUGCUACCUCUGAACUACCCCUACAGACUUGGGAGGAUAAAACCAGUUCUACCUAAAAGUGUUUCUAUCUGAACCUGGCAUGACAGUAUCUGAGCAGCAGCCUGAGGAGGUAAGGAACAAUACGGAAUGUAUCUUGAUUCUGAUUCUUUAGAUACUAGGUCUAGGUCCUUGUGAAACUAACAUCACUCAAAAGUAAAAAAAUAAAAAUUAAUUGAAAAAAUAAACCACAUCAAGAGAUCAUCCUUUUUAAAGAAAUUCUGUGGCUGAAAAGUCUAGGAAAAAACAUAUAGCCUCUGGUACCAAAGUCACAAAUGAUAUCCUUCAAGCAAUACACAAACAAUAUAAAUAAAACCUUUUUCAAAAAGCUUGAGAAGAGGAAGUAAGAUGUUCAAUUAAAAGCAGAAUGAUCAAGAUGGUGCAAGCUAAUAAUGUACUGCAGUCUGUACCUUCUCACUUAAUAGACCACAUUACUUUUCCUUUUUCUCUCCAUCUUCCAGUACUACAGAGGGAACUCAGGGCCUUUGCACUGAGCUAUGUCUGCAACCCUUUUUCUUUUGAGACAGUCUCUCACUAAAUCACUGAGUUUCCCAAGUUAGGCUUGAAGCGUGAUCCUGCCUCAGCUUCACAGAUUGCUACAGAUUAUAGGCAUGCAUCUAUAAUGCCUGGCUACUUUACCAUUUUUAAAAACUAAUUCUUCUAAAGUCCUUGUCACCUCAGCCUACAUCAAUGUGUCUGAAGCAAUGAUGUGUGGCUGCUAUUUUGAGGUCUAAGUUGUCUGCCAAGAUCAUUUUAAGUGACUUUUCUUCUUCUCUAUACAAUGUGGUGGAUAGUAUCUAUCUCACAGAAAACAACUUAACACUUUGUAAACUGCUUAGAAGAAGAGUAUCUGGCAUAAAGUGUCAUAAAAAUGUUUGCUACUAUUACAUGUUAUUUAUUGCUUCUCUAAUCUGUAAUUCUGUGAUGUGAAAGAUCAACCAUUACUAAAAAUUCUUAGCACUACUCACUAAGGUACUAAUUGCAGGGAAGUAUAAUCUAAUCAAGAAGACCACUGUUACCCUUGAUCAUAAAACUCUAUUUCCCUCUGCCUUUUAUACUACCCUUUCCGCUCUAUAGCUAAGGGCUGGCAGAUUUAUUACAAAGUCAUACAAACCUACUGAAAAGACCACUAAAUCUCUAUAUGGCCUAGGCCUGAGCCCCAGUCUACCUCAGUGAAGAGUAACCUUUGCAAAGGUGCACUGGCAAAAACAAUUUUAGAUUGAAACAUUUUUUAAAAAGUCUUCAAAAUUAAAAGCAGUAUUAUUCUAAGAAAGAAAUGCAUUCUACUUGGUUUCAGGGCACUUGAUUCUAAGAAUCUUUUUUAAAUGUCUUGAACCAGGAUCUUUGCCAGCUGUAAAGUAUACUCCAAAGAGGAUGGAGUAUCCCCUUACCACACAGAUCAUUCUCUCACAUAUAGCCUCCCAGAAAAGCUCAUGGUCAAAGAGCUAAUACCACAGGGUGAGCACAAGCCAUCCCCUGCAGUGCAGUGCUAGUACCUGACAGGAAGAAGAAAUAUCUUUAGGCUGAAACACCAAAAAAUCUUCAUCUAUCUCAUUUAACAUGGCAUCAGCUUACUGAUAAAAGCUGGAAUUGUCCUCUCUCCUCAUUGCUCUCUGUAUUGCCUCCCCUUUUCAUCCCCCACUGUCAACAACUCUACUUUUGGCUUCUUGGAAGAUUCCAACACAGGAACUGUUCUGUCCUCCACAUUCUACAGGUUGCAAUUAAGUAAAAUUUCCACUCUUUGCUUUUCCACUUCAUUGUAACAUUCCAAAGCUUUGUGUCAAGUACAAAUUAAAAAUGUAUCAAACACACCUUAGAAUGGCUAAAAUAAAAAAAAAACAGCAACAUCACCAAAGCUGGUAAGGAUGCAGAGAAACUGAUCACUCAUACAUUACUGGUAAGAAUGUAAAAUGGUGUAGCAGCUUUGGAAAAAAUCUAGAGAUCUCUCAAAAUGUUAAAUAAAAGUUAGGAGUAUAACUAAGUGGUAAAGCAGUAGCUAGCACACACAAGUCUCCAGAUUGAAUUCCUAAUAUGACAGGGGAGUGGGUGAGAAUAUUAAAUAUCCAAUAAUUACCAGGAAUUGGGAUUCGUAUAGUGUGACUAAAAAGGGCCAGUAUGAAGGAGACCUUAGUUGUGAUUGAACAGUUCUGUAUCUUGAUUAUGCUAGUGUUUAUACAAAUCUACACAUGUAUUAAAAUGGAAUAGAAUUAUAUAUAUUUUACACCAAUGUCAAUUACCUACAAUUUAUACCAAGUAUAUUAUAAGAUGUAGCCCCUGGGAAAACUCAGUAAACAAAAGACUUUCUGUAUAUAUAAUCUCUGCAACUUCCUGUAAAUCUAUACUUAUUUCAAAAUAAAACUUUAAAAAAUAUUGAUUUGGUUGGAAUAAGAAUAUCAAGUCUUUAUUAUUUGAAAUCUCAGGACUACAGGUGCAGUUUCAUUAAAAGUUCUCACACCAUACACAUCACUGCUUUACUGUCCCUGCCUAGAAAAUUGGGAUACUAUGGCUGUCUCAGAAGCUUGUUUUCUCUGCUCUCAGUUUUUUCCUCCUUCUACUGAGUCUGAUCUACUGUUUAACAAGUUAUAAAAAAAAAGUGAGGUUUAAAAAAAAACAGGCAGGAACAAGUAAAAGGGAUACAGUUUAUAAGCAACCGAAGAAUGACUGGCAACCUAUAAGAAAAAAAAAAAAAAAAAAAAAGGAAAUGACACUGCAAAAAUAUACAGCAAACUUACUCAAAGGGACUGUAAAGUAACUGGAAUCCUUAAAAAAAAACUGAGGUGAAACCUGAUACUAAGUCAAAGGUUUCUGACUAUCUAAAGUUCCCUCAAAAAAAUUAAUUUUCUUGGCAACACAAACAAGGGGACUAGAUAAGUAAACAAACACCGGAGUUCCCUUCUCAGGACAGAGGGAGAGGCAAGUAAAGCAGCCACUCAACUACUCAGGAGGCCCCAUGUGUGAAACACUGACAGCAACCAUCACAUUGAGGCACAGAAGCAUAGGCACCUCUACAAAAUAGUACUACAAUGUGAAUCUGUUCAAGAGACACCUUAAUGAUCAAGAAACAAAGUAACUUCCCAUCCUCUGCCUAAACCAAUACAAUUUAUCCACAUUCCAAGGGGAAAUCUAUUGCUUAUAACCUUCAACAGACAAAAAAAGGUCUAUUUCAAUCUCUCUUAGGUCAUAUGUCCAAGUAUUUAAAAGAUCUGACUGGUAGCCUUUUAAAAAGACCUACAUUAUAGUCCUCACUCCACCAACUUGCUAGUUCAGUAACCUUGGACAAGGUCAUUUUCCAUCAGCAAAACAGACCUAGCCAAUCAUUUCAAGGAUAGGGUUAAUCUGUGUCAAAUGAAACUGUAUUAGAUGUGGAGAAGAAAUAAGCAUCUUCCCCAGUCUCACUUCCAGCCAACCAAUUCAAUUCCCUAAGCCAGUUUCCCUACAGAGAGGAGAUAAACCCCAGGACUGCUGACCAGCAUGAUGCCCUUCCUGUUCUUUGUCUUUUAGCUGCUCAUGCAUCUGUAAAGUCAUCCUUGAACACAGUAGAGAUGGGAAGGAAUAAAACCUAAGUGCUAACAGCAGACCAAUGACUAUCUGUCCUACACAGUCUGUCGCCUUCCUUUAGAAUGUUAAAGGGUCAGAAAAAUGCUCUCAUCUGACACUAGAAUGACUGGGAUUCCCACUUGGCCCAGAUUACAAGACCUAUCCCUUCCGGGGAAAUAUGAACAUCAGCUGUUUCUCAUGGAUAUAAACUCCUUAGCUGUCUAUCUCCAUAACAAGCCAAAGGUCACUUACAAAGUAAUAUUGGCCACUAAAAAAGAAAAGGGAAGAGAUACAUGAAUUUUUAGAGUUUUCUAAGUACCCUCAUACAUGUAAAGCAGGGAUAGGUGGAGAUCUACUGCCUAAUAUUCAAAGGACGCCCUCACUUGAACUGGCCUAAAUUGUGAAAAGUGCUGGAUCAUACCAUUCACAAAACUACUCAUCAAUCAAUCACUUCCCAAAAGGGUCAAAGUUGGAUGAGGCAAUCAACGCAAACCUUUAUGGCCCUUCGAAAAUUCCACUCUUCCAGGCCUAUUAGCACACUAGUAGGCUGAGGGAGAAGAAACAAGUUCCACCCCAGCAGGGGUAACUUGGCAAAAUAAAAAAGGCUAGAAAUACAGCUCAGAGCCAAGAUCUUCAGUUUAACCCCAAGUUUAAAAAAAAAAAAAAAAAAAACUCUUGGACUGCUCAAGGUUAAAUUCACCAGUUAUGUACCUAACAAUGCCCUGCACUUUACUCUUGGCAUGCACAAAUGUACUCAACGUUACAAAAAAGGAUAAAAGUUCUGUACACCAUGCCAGUAAUUACGGCAGAAAUGGGAGAAGCCAUGUUAAAUGACCAGGGAUCCACAUGUGCAGGAGAACACCAACUGCAUGGAGAGGCUCCCUCAAUUAUAAUAUUCUACUUCUAUAUCCAUAUAUGGGCAUGAGGCUGGAGGACCUCAAAGUAUGAGCAAAUGCACAACCUGCACAACCAUCACCCAGCAUGUGCCACAACCCUGAUGCAACUCCUGGAGUCUAACGAUUCUGUCAAGCAACGGACAGUUGCCUGUUACAUAAGCUCUGCAGGGCCUCAUCCAGUGCACUCCAUCCUCCCACCCCAAUUCUUUAAGGGAGUUCCAAUCUUUAACAUUUAAAGCAACAUCCUCUGGGAAAGAGGACAUUUUGCGCAGGGAUGUCACAUCUUGUUUUUGUUUUUUUUCCUAUUGGUCCAUGUUUGUGAUACAUAAUGAAUAUAUUCACCAACCUUUUUCUGUUGUUUUCAGAAAACAACAAAAGUCGUUUUUAGAAAACAACUGUAGGCCAAGCUGGCCUGGAACUUGUGAUCCUCCGGUCUCAGCCUCCGGAGUGUAAACUACCACGCCCCGCAUAACAAGGACCUUUAAAAUGUGGGCCUUUUCUCAUUUGUCCGGACUAAGGAGAUGGAGAAGAAAUUAGACAAAUGACCUUUCAAGGUCCCUUCCUCAGGCCUAGAGAUUUGCAGGAUAAACGUUAGGUCCCACCUUACUAAUUGGGAGCUGGAGAUGAUGAAACUCCAUUUUGGCAAUUCAAAAGGGGGCAAAAUGAAUCCCAGCAAUCUGAGCCCUUUUUCAACAAUCUGAUCCACUCCCAAAAUGUGACCACAGCCACUUUCUGGUCUGGAAAAACUGCGGUUAGAAACCAUCAACCCUGGACACAUCCUCAAUCCCACUGGAGGGCAGCAUCACCCAGCAAGCAUAGGACCCCUGGAACCCAGCUGGAAGUUAAAAGCAACUCCGGGUAGAUAGGAUAGCAAAUGUGCCCGCGCUGGAGAGGCCUGAGGAACAGCCCCGAGAAUUAGCGGACAGACGAGUAGAAUUACCUCAUGACGACUCGCUUCCCCUUCACUUCCAGUUUGUCUAGAGUCAGCUUAUUAGAAAGCGACAUUUUGGUAAUGGAGCGGAGACGACAAGCCGGGGACUCAGACAGCGGCCAACAAUACGUACGUAGAGCGCUGGGUACGCGUGCAGAAUGCCGAGCACAGCGCGUGCAAGUAGAGAGAGCUUUCUCCGCUCCCAGCCUUCCGACCUAUGGCACCGCCCCUUCCUUGUCGUGACUCAGGGCACGCCUUGUAGAGAUGCUGCUAUUGGCCGAGGCCCACAUGCGCUGGCGAGCUGCAAUUGCUCCAAGGCUCUGUCCAUCUGCGGAGGUACUGUGGUGGUACGUGCGGGUUCCGCUUGUCACGUUCAGCACGCUGCGCGCAUUGUGGAAUUUUCCUGACUAGAGGCGGUGCCAGCGGGGGAUGGGGAGGUCGCUGGGUGGAGCUGUGGAGCACAGUUUGAGAAAAUGCAAGGUCCCGGAUUUCUGUUGCUGAAUUCUGAGAGUUACACCCAGAACCUCUGCAGCGUCUCCGCAGGACUUCCUUGAGGAAAGCACCGCGGUCCAGGUGGUGGAAUUACCUGCGACCCUAACAGGAUCGAUGUAUAUGCCACCUCCUUUUGGAAACCUCUGGUUUCCUGGCUCCCGGAAAUAGAAUUCUGCUACAUAUUGAUACGUAGCCCAGACUUCUCAAAAGUCAGACUUCCUCUCCGCCACCUCUCAGUAAUAAAAAUGCAAUGUAA